AUGGCUUUUAGACGCGUUUUGUUUGGAUUUAUUCCGUACUCCAGAGAUGAACACGUGUGGUAUUUAUUCGGAAUAAAUCCAAACACUGGCAGUAAAAGAACGUCAUUGGUACAGUUAAAGAGAGACGUUGUUGCUAACAAAUGUCUGAAGCAUCGACAAUCAACACUAACAAAUGAUGAUGAUGAGCAGGAAAAUGAUCAAGAUGAACAAGCCAAUAAUCCACAACAAAUAAUUAUUCUUGAUGAAAAUAACAACAUUAAUCAAGAUGAAGAAGCAAUUGAUUCUGACAGCCAACAAGAAGCAGGAGAAGAACAGAAUGAUAGUGACAGUUCAAGUACCUUAGAAGAUGAUUGGCAUACGUAA